AUGUCCUUGUCCAAGAUUUCUGGGCUCAUCCUUGGCUCGGCAGCUUUGGUGGCUGGCCACGGCUAUGUCAAGCAACCCCCGGAGGUCAUUGCUUGGUCCGAAGAUGAGACUGAUUUAGGCUUCGUUGAUGGCACUGGAUACUCGAAUGCCAACAUUAUCUGCCACAAGGAUGCCAAGCCCGGCGCUCUCGAGGCUUCUGUCAAGGCUGGUGGCGAAGUUGAGCUCCAAUGGACCGACUGGCCGUCAAGCCACCAUGGACCAGUCAUUACCUACCUGGCCAACUGCCAUGGUGAUUGUUCCAGCGUGGAUAAGACCUCAUUGGAAUUCUUCAAGAUUGCCGAGUCCGGUCUCAUCAACGAUGACAAUGUUCCCGGCGAGUGGGCAAGCGACAAGCUCAUUGCCAACAACAACAGCGCAACUGUCACCAUCCCCAGCAGCAUCGCAUCGGGAAACUACGUUCUACGUCAUGAGAUCAUUGCUCUCCACUCCGCUAAUAAUCUCAACGGCGCCCAGAACUACCCUCAAUGUAUCAACUUGAAGGUCACUGGUGGCGGCAGCGACUCUCCUUCCGGUGUUAAGGGUACUGCUCUUUAUAAGAACACCGACCCUGGUAUUUCAGUCAACAUCUACCAGUCUCUGAGCACUUACGACAUUCCUGGGCCUGCUCUCUACACUGGUGCUGCAUCUGGCUCUGGCGCAAGCGCUACCUCGGCGCCAGCUUCUGUUGUGGCUACUAGCACUGCCGCCCCAACUGCAGUCUCUACUGAGGGGGCUACUUCCACCGUUGUCGACACUUCUUACGCCUGGACUACUGAGCAGGUCACUGUUACUAACACACCUGUGUUGCAGACCCAAACCCCUAAGCCCAAUGAGCCCUCUCUUGCUACCAUUACUGAGACUGCCACCGCAGCUCAGCCCACCGAGACAUCUUCCUCCAGCUCUAGCACCGGCACCAGCUCCGACAGCGGCUCUGGCUCAAGCUAUGACGCGAGCUCGUGGAACUCCUAUCUCAGCACUCUGAGCGCCGACCAGCUUCUCAGCUUGGUACGCUCAACUAUGAAGUGGCUUGUGACUGAUCAGAAGCACGCUCGCGAUCUGUCGAAGUAA